CUGACUGCUUCUAAAUUUAGGUGGCAGCUUUUCUACCUGGAUGGAACUCCGAAGAAUGUUGGAUUCAAAACACCCGACAAAACCAACAUCACAGUCACAGCUACUGGUGUUCCGAUGGAAAUUCAUAAGCAAGGAGCAGUCUAUGUCCUCGCUUUGACCGGAUCAAAGGAUAAACCAAUAUAUCAUGUCAAUCAAGUGGUGCAGUCCAAUUCGGUGACGAUUCUGUGGCAAUUCCCACAGAUUAUCAUAAUUACAGCAGCUGAGAUUCUGUUUUCUAUAACAGGAUACGAGUUUGCUUAUUCACAGGUGGGAUGGGUGUGGUCAUUGCAGAAAGAAAUUCCUCUAACGAUGUUCACGAAUGCUUCAGUCUGCUCCAUCUAUGAAAGCACUGGUACAAGCUAUGUGGUUACUUACAACAGCAGUGGGUGACA